AUGAGACGGGUCGCCAGCUCGGCAGGUUCGAACCUGAAAGAUAUCCAAUGGGCCACCUUUGACCGAGACUUCCUCCACCGAUACCGCCGCGAGCGCCACCUCAACGUCCCUGCCGCCUACGCAAGCGACUACCGCUCCUGGGUCCUGACGCGGCCAGGCAGCAUCGGCCUAUACUCUCCAACGGCUACCAGAAAGAAGGACCAGCGUCGUCAGACCAGAGGCCAACUGGUCAGCGCAGUCAGGAAGCAUUUCAACAGCCAGGGCGUGCAGGAGAACGAUGCCAUUGUGGAUUUUCUGCACCGCGUCAGGAGAGGGCGGCUGUCCAAGCUGAGCGACUUGCCCAAGGCGGGGAAGAAGCUGACGGACCAGGAAAGGGUAUAA